AUGUUUGCGGUCCCUCCGUCGCCCGACAGUGUUUCUGCCAGUACCCCCGCUGCACCUCCGUACGAGACCGCCGCCGCCGCUGCCGUUGCUGCUGCUGCCCCGUCGUCGUCGUCGCCGUCGUCGUCGUCGUCACCGGUGGGGACUAUGUCGCUGGCCAGCCGCCAACGCCCGCCUGCUUCAUUUCCUUCCGCGCCCCGUCGCCGGCGUUCCUCCGCCAACCCUAACCCCACGCUGGCCCACACGCACGCCGCACUCGCCCAACGCUCAAACGCUCUCGCAAUCUCUCUUGCUCCCUUGCUCCCAACACACCACUCAAACCACAUGCACCGCUCCCAGCAGGGCGGCGGCAGCGCACAACCACCAUCAGCGCUCCUCCCCCAGCACGACACAGCAGCAGCACCACCACCACCACAUGCAUCGUCAUCAUCAUCAUCCACCGCCAUUCCCGAAGAACACGAAGAAGAAUCCCCCGCCCAACAACGCCGCCCCUCUGUCGCAUCCAUUACCAGCGGCGCAGAAUCCGCUGCAUCCGGCACAGACAACGCUGCAUCGUCCACAGGACCCGUGCGUCGCGUCCCCAGCACAACACACUCGCGCCGCCUCGGCGCAGCCAAUGCAUCCUUGGCCCACGGCGGCCACCGCACCGCACCGGCCACUCCCGGGGCCAUGACCGGCACCGCGUCAGGCCUGGGUGUUUACGGCACGCCCACCAACCCACAACGUCUUGUCCCCGUCCGAGGUGCGAGCCCCGCCAUGGUGCAUGCAGCACAGCGUCGCCGUCCACCGCGCUCGGCGUCGGUGACCAGCGAUACAGGAUCCACAGAUACCGAACGCGGUGUGUCCGCAUCGGCCACGCCCAACUCGGCGCCUGCCCUGGCACAAAUCCCCCGUGCUUUUGUUCUCCAGCGCCUGCACGAGCUCGCCCCCACAUUCUGGUCCAACCCCCGUUCCGCCGACGUCCGUCUCAUCGUCCCAAUGCGUGAAAAGACGCCACGACCAGGAGAAAGUGGGCCAUCGACGCCAAAGCGCACCCCACAACCCACUCCCGACCCCGCACGCCGCGACAUGGCACCUGCACAAGGUGCACCAGGUGCACCGCGCGUCCCGGCCAUGAGCUAUGCGCUGCACCGAGACUACCUCGCGCCGCAGUCGGCGCUCAUGCGGAUGGUCCUGUUUGGCGGCCUGCCGCCCGACUCGCCAGAACUCAAGGGCUGCCGCGUGCUGCCCUUUGGAUCGCUGCACGGCCCCAGGCCACUGUACGUGCCCCUGCCGGACCCCGAGAGCUUUGGCGUCCUCGUGCACUGGAUGUACUGGGGCGACGUGAGCGCGCUGGAGAAUGCGCUGUCGUCGGGCGCCGUCAGCUGGCGCGGCAUGGUGGCCAACAUUGAGUAUCUCGGCCUCGACGACCGGACAAAGCGCGCCGUGGGCCGCUGGUGGCGCCGUUGGGCCAAGGCCGAGACGCGCGCCGCGGCGCGCGCGUUUGACGACGACGCAGACGUCGAGUCGGAAGAAGAAGACGACAAUGACAACGACGACGGCCGCGACGACGCACUCGAACCCAUGUACCCGCCCUGGAGCGGCGGCGGCGUCCUCGACCAGAACCCCGGGUCGGCAGCGGCACACCACCCGGCCAAGAUGCAGACCGCGACACAGGCGGACAUGCAGUACGACGCCGACGAGAUGGCAAAGCGACUUGGCAUGAUAUGA